UUUUUACUUCUUCUUAGGAGAACUUUCUGGCUUUCUCUCUCAUUUUGAUCACCACUUCUCUAUAAUAUAUAAAUAAAAAAUCUUCUCUUUUUUCUCCACUUACUCUUUAAUUCUCAUAAUACCAAUAUUCUGCUCGCUCUAAGAGUUCUUUAAUCAGUAUUCAUGGCUGAACAAGCAUACACUGUGGUGUCCGACAGUGAAACAACCGGGGAGGAAAAAACUUCACCUGCUUUCCCUGAGAUAGCAAUUGGAAUUGACAUUGGUACAUCUCAAUGUAGUGUGGCAGUUUGGAAUGGAUCUCAGGUGGAGCUCAUCAGAAACACGAGAAAUCGGAAAUUGAUGAGAUCAUAUGUUACCUUCAAAGAUGAGGUCCCUGCUGGUGGUGUUAGCGAUGAACUGGCUCACGAAUAUGACAUGUUAUCUGGAGCUGCAAUCUUCAACAUGAAACGUCUGAUUGGUAGAGUCGAUACAGAUCCUGUGGUUCACGCCAGCAAAAGCCUCCCCUUUUUGGUUGAAACUUUAGAUAUCGGUGUUAGGCCAUUUAUUGCUGCCCUAGUGAACAAUAUGUGGAGGUCCACUACUCCUGAAGAAGUUCUUGCUAUCUUUCUAAUUGAACUAAGAGCUAUGGCUGAAGCUAAACUAAGACGUCCUGUUAGGAAUGUGGUUUUGACAAUCCCGGUGUCAUUUAGCCGAUUCCAGUUGACCCGAAUAGAACGAGCCUGUGCCAUGGCCGGGCUUCAUGUUCUAAGAUUGAUGCCUGAACCAACUGCAGUUGCUCUGUUAUAUGCUCAGCAGCAACAACAGUCUGCACAUGAAAAUAUGGGUAGCGGGAGUGAAAAGAUAGCCCUUAUAUUCAAUAUGGGUGCUGGUUAUUGUGAUGUAGCUAUAACAGCUACAGCAGGUGGUGUUUCGCAGAUCAAGGCCUUAGCUGGCAGCACGGUUGGAGGUGAGGACCUACUUCAAAAUCUGAUGCAUCAUCUCUUACCAAACAUGGAUGAUUUAUUCUCAAGCCAUGGAAUCGAAGAUAUAAAGAGAAUGGGGUUGCUUCGUGUUGCCACCCAGGACGCCAUCCACAAACUCUCAUCCGAUACAAGUGUCCCAGUUGAUGUCGACUUGGGAAACAGAACAAAAAUAUCUGAGGUUCUCCAACGGGCGGAGUUUGAAGAGGUCAACAAAGAAGUAUUCGAGAAAUGUGAGGCUUUGAUAAAACGUUGCUUGCAAGCUGCUAAACUAGAAGCGGAAGACAUGCACGAUGUCAUAAUUGUUGGUGGGUGUUCUUACAUUCCAAAGGUUCGUAACAUUGUAAUGAGUAUGUGCAAAAGAGAAGAGUUCUAUUCUGGAAUGAACCCGAUGGAGGCAGCUGUACGUGGUGCAGCAUUGGAAGGAGCAGUAGCUUCAGGAAUUAGUGAUCCGUUUGGGAAUUUGGACUUGUUAACCAUCCAAGCAACUCCUUUAAGCAUUGGCAUUCAAGCUGAUGGAAGCAACUUUAUACCAAUUAUUCAUCAACACACCACAACACCAGUAAGGAAAGAACAGAUUUUCACUACUGUCCACGACAACCAAACCGAAGCAUUGAUCCUAGUUUAUGAAGGCGACGAGAAAACCGAGGAAGAGAACUAUCUGUUAGGCUAUUUUAAGAUCAGAGGAAUACCUCCAUUACCAAAAGGUGUUCCACAGAUUAAUGUGUGCAUGGACAUUGAUGCUUCUAAUGUCCUGAGAGUGUUUGCUGGUGUAAUGAUGCCCGGGGAGAAGCAUUCACCCACCCCUUUCAUGGAAGUUAGGAUGCCUACAGUUGAUGAUGGACAAGGCUGGUCUGCUAAAGCUCUGCAUAAAACAUAUGGCUCUACUUUGGAUUUGGUCACUGUGCAAAAGAAAGGACAGCAUUGAGAUUGCUGGAUAGAUGAUAAAGCAAUGAGACUUACAAGGUGUUUUUAGUAGUGAAAAAUGUGGUAACUGUUUCUUGUCUUGUAAAUAUAUGUGUGAGUUUUACAUCUGCUGGAGAAUAAUCUUGGUUGUGUGUCUUGAGAAUAAUUGUUACACGGACUGUUGUAACUUUGUCUCAGAGAAUUUAGAAUUUCAUAUUUUACAUAUAUCCUACUCUUUCAAAAUCAUAAAUCUGUUAUUUGGA